AUGUCCAACUCGAGCGACGAUGACAUUCCUUUGAAGCAAAGAGUGGCGAAGAAGAAGUCGGCCUCGAAGAAGCCCGUGAAAGAAAAAGCCCCGAAAAACCCCAAAAAAGAGGCCCCCAAGCCCAAGGCCUCGCCCAAGGCCAAGGCCGCGCCGCGGGCCCGCAGCAAGAAAGUUGGCAAAGAAAGAAGUUUAGAAGAGGAAGAAAAUCUUUUGCCAAAUGACGCUCGCAAGUAUUUCAAACAAGGCCAAAAGUUCAUCACUCCUCCCAACGGAGAUGGCACCAGAGGCUUUUACGAAAGUUUAUUUGAAGAGAACAGAAACAGCCUCGUGGCGCUGCGCUACCUGGUGGAGUGGGGAGUGUUGACGGGGACUUUGCUGCACGAGUCUUUGCCGCGGUACUUCGCGCUGAAAGACAAGGGGGCCUUCAAGGGGGCUGGGGGGGGCCUGCAGAAGGCGUUCAUGAACGGGCCGGACCCCGCGGACGUCAGCGCAGCUGCGAAGAUGUUGAAUGCCAGCAGCGGGAACAACUUGCAAUAG